ACUCACCUGUUCCUAUAUAUUAUUCAUCAAUGGAGGGUAGAGUUUGAAAAGCACAAGAGCUUUGUAAGGAAGAAAGAGAGAAACUAACUCCUUUUUAAUCCAAACGAAUCCUCUCAAACCAAACCAAUCAAACCCUCUCACUCACCAUUCAAAUUCCAAACCUUCACUUCUAUUUUUACUCAAAAAUCUGUUUCUGCUCCUUCGUUGGCUCGCAAAAUCCUCCUUCUAAGGAGUCUGAAUUGUCUGGGUUGCUAAAACCGAAUGGGAAUUUCCUUUUCUUGCCCAUUUUCGCAGUACAGUGAUUUGGAAAGUGGGUUGGAUUCGAUCAUUGUGAAGUCCAUAAGCUUUGGAGACAAUGAAGUUAAAACUCCGGUCAGAUCAGUUAGUUUCAAUGGUGGUGAUGCAGAACCCACAAUAAUGAAAUCCUUAGGUUCCGGAAGGAUGACACUUGAAACUUCUGUUAGCUUUAAAGGUAGAGAGUUGGAGAAAAUGAUGUUGCUCAAGGUUCCUUCGUUAGAAAAGAGCAUGACCGUUGCAUCAGUCAGCCCUCUCAGCAAAGAAAUGAACGUUCCCUCCCCAAGAUCAGAUAGUCCUCUGGGAAUGAUCAGGCCCUUGCAACUUUUGGAUCCCACCAGCCCCAAACACAUGGCAGCAAUUAAGUUGCAGAAAGUAUACAAAAGUUUCCGAACCAGACGAAAGCUAGCAGAUUGUGCAGUUCUUGUUGAACAGAGCUGGUGGAAGCUGUUAGAUUUCGCUGAGCUCAAGCGGAGUUCUAUAUCAUUCUUUGAAAUUGAGAAACAUGAAACUGCCAUGUCGCGUUGGUCUAGAGCAAGGACCAGAGCCGCCAAGGUUGGAAAAGGUCUAUCAAAGAAUGAAAAGGCACAAAAGCUUGCCUUGCAGCAUUGGCUCGAGGCGAUUGAUCCAAGGCAUCGGUAUGGACAUAACCUACACUUUUACUACGUUGAAUGGCUUCACUGUCAGAGUAGAGAACCGUUCUUCUACUGGCUAGACAUAGGAGAAGGGAAGGAAGUAAAUCUUGUUGAAAAAUGCGCUCGAUCGAAACUUCAACAGCAGUGUAUCAAGUACCUUGGACCGAUGGAAAGAAUGGCCUAUGAAGUUGUUGUGGAGGAUGGAAAAUUCUUCUACAAACAAUCAGGGGAGCUUCUCCAUACAACCGGAGAAUCCGAUGAUACCAAAUGGAUUUUCGUUCUUAGUGCUUCUAGAACCUUAUACGUUGGCAAGAAAAAGAAGGGGACGUUUCAACAUUCAAGUUUUUUGGCUGGAGGAGCCACAUCUGCUGCCGGGAGAUUAGUUGUUGAAAACGGCAUCCUUAAGGCAGUUUGGCCUCACAGUGGUCACUAUCGGCCUACAGAAGAAAAUUUCAGAGACUUCGUCUCAUUCCUUCAAGAGAACAAUGUCGAUCUCAAAGAUGUUAAGUUAAGUCCGGUUGAUGAGGUAGAGGAGGGUUCACUUAGCAAGAAAAGAAGCAGUGCUCAUAUUAGAUGCAACUCAUCUGAAGAGGGCUUGAUCCCAAAUGUAUGUGAUUUAAAGGCUGAAGAGACCAUUGAAGAAGACUUGAUUCCGGAGGAGAAUGAUUCAAUAGAACAAGCUGCUGCAGUCGAAUCUCAUAUGUCAAGCCGUCUCCGCUGUGUUAGCAGAAAAUUGUCUAAUCUUGCAAUACCAAACAGGGAAAGGUAUUUCGAGAAGGUAGAGAGCGCAACUGAACCCGCUGGUUCAAGUUGCAGCGGUAUUCCAGUGGAAACUCCAGUUGAUGGUUAUGAAACGGUGGAUGAAACUCUCCCAUCAGAGCAGGAUUACAUGGUUUCGAAGAAGAACUUGUUCGACGAAAACAAUGAUGAGACCGAGGGAGAAGCCAUUCCUCAAGAAUCAAUUCUCAAAAGGAUUAACUCACACAAAGGAAUGAAAUCAUUCCAACUGGGAAGGCAGUUGUCUUGCAAAUGGACAACGGGAGCUGGACCUCGCAUUGGCUGUGUGAGGGACUAUCCCUCGGAGCUCCAGUUCCGAGCUUUGGAGCAUGUGAACUUGUCUCCAAGAAGUGCUGCCCAUUCGAGGUCAUACUUCUCUCCUCGGACCACCAGAGCGCUGAGUCCAAGGGUGUUGACACCGGCAAAAUGUGGCGGGGAGAUGGAAGCACGCAUAAGCUCCCCAGCACUUGAAAGAGUGAAGCUUUCUGUAAAAAGCAUUAACCUUUCUAGAACUCGGUCAUCCCAACUAUCUACAGGAAGUACAGCAACCGCCAUUGCUAAUGUCUCGUGACUGAAAAAUAUAGAUUCAUAUAUUAAUUUAUUCUUUUGUGAAUAAAAAAGAUGACAAAGCAAUUCUUUAUCAUUCUUUUCCUACACAAAUCAUGUAUAAAUUUAUUUUUCAUUAGUUCAUCUUGUACAAAAGGAGAUGACAAAUCCUAGAAUUUUGGUGGGUUUGACGCCCUUUUAAUACAAAUGAUUCAAAAUUUUCUUUA